AUGGGUGAAGUAAUGAUUUUGCGAGAAAAACAAGAAGAUAGUAUGAUUGUGCUGAGCGGUGUCCGCAAGCAGGCUGACCUGCUCCUCAUGAGCAGGUACUUCGUCAAACUUCAGCGGCAUGUGGAAAAGGGUAAACGAAAAAAACACCUAGGACGAUGUGCCACUUUGUUAAAGCACAACGCUGUUAGGAGGCUAGUCGUGACGCAUUUUUUGCGUUGGUUUUACAAUACGCGGCGCCAUUUAGCCGGUUCGUUAGGGUUCGAAGGACUACCACGCAUUGUUGUAUUUCCCACUAACCAAGACUUCGUUAACUUGGGCGUCCGCUACUUCCAACAGUGGCGCGAGUGGCUUAGGCGGAUUCGCCAGCGUCGUUGCACUAACACGGAACUAUUGAAGAAUAAGACGAGGGAAAGGCAACUCCUCUGCAGCUUCCACCAAUGGCGAUGUUUCGUCCAUCAGCAACGGGAGGAAAGACUUGCACGGAGGUUGUACGAGCUUACCCAACAGAAUGAGAAGUUACUCACUGAUAUUGAAAUGAUGGAACAGCAUUGCGAAGGACAACAGGAGCGUGAGGAGGCCUUUAAAUCGCUCUUAACGAAUAUGGAGGCGCACCGCAACCGCCAAUUUCGUGAGCUGGAGAACUAUCGUCAGGCCGUUAGAGAAGCUGUUAGUUUGCUACAUGUAUCAUCCUGGGCAGAAACCAACUCUCAAGGAGUGGCACCACAGGCAGAGAAGGGGCAAAAUGUUUUAUCGGAUAGUGUUGGGGAUGAAGAAUCGCUGCAGUUGUUGCGGGCCGCGGCCACGGAUGUACACAAAGCCGUGAGCGAAUUGCGAAGUGUACUUCCAAUGGAAAACGAAGGUUCGGGAACUUUAAGUGACGUUGUUCAGUCCGUCUGUCAGCACAUCUCUAAAUUGGAUGGUACAUUCGAUGAGUUGAUGGAUGAGUUGCACAGCAGCUCGACCCUGACAAAGUACAUGCGAAACGUUCUGCAGAGCACUGGGGAAAAUAUUUUAGCGAUAUCUCAAAAGUGUUCCCCACCUAACUUAUUCCGUGGGAGGGUGAACAAUUUCAACCAAACGCCAACACCGGAGCAGAGUCGUGAACCUCAUCGCCAUAACGUGACGGGGGGCUCCUUUGUGGACUGGGAAACACUUGAACUUCUAAAGGAUCAGCUGUCACAUGGGGACACACUGAUGAACGGAGUGCCCUCAACUGUCGCCGUUCUCGAGAACGUGGAUGAUGCUCUAAAAUGUUUGUACGAGAGACAGCAAGAGGCUGAUGAAUAUAUGAGUAACCAGCAGAAGACUGCCAACUGCACAAGGGAGCAAGUGCAUGUUCUCGCUGAAGCAGCGGAGCAAGCCGUGGGGCUGAUCCAGAGCUGGUGUUCAAUGACUGCCCAACAUCAGCGGGACACCACCACCAUAGAUGCCAAAGAGGAACUGACAGGUGUAAAGGUGUGUGAACUGGCAGCAUUGUUGCGGUAUGAGAGCGAGGUAGCCUCUGACGCCCUCUCGAAGAUACGUCAUAUCCUCCUUAGCACCAGGCCGCCACCCAAAAUGUCAGCGCAGGACGUGCAAAGCAAAGUACCCUCCACUGGUGAUGCAUCUACUGAAACAUCGCGAUUUGUGUCGUACAGUGGCCUCGUGAAGAUGGUGCAGGGUCUACAUGAGCAGCAAAAGGAGGCAGUUGACGCCUAUGAGACGGUGUACAACGAGUUGCAGCAGCUAAUUUUUGAUUUGUCUGCAAUAGGCAGUGGAAGGGAAAGCUGUGCCAGCGUAAGCAGUGAAAGUUGUAAUGACAGCAGGUUGAAUUCCUUAGAGAGGCCGCAACUGUCAAUAUCGCGAAACACCAGCGACUACUUACAUUACCCGAUGAAACGGGCUGAGCCGAUUAUAAACGCGGUACGUGAUUGUAUCAACCUCAAAGACAUUGAGUUGAAGGAACUUCGAAGCGUUAUCCGACGCUCUGUAGUUGCACUCAGCGGCGGCACUUACGAUGGUGAGGAAUUUUUGGGCGAGAAUAAUGGCAUUAACUCGUCUGUGGCGCGCUUCCCUGAGGGAACCCGCCUCUUGACGAUGUGUGAGGAGCUCGGCAGGGCCGUUAUGGAAGCAAAGACGGCGAUGAAAGCAAAUGAUACCGGCAAGUUUUGUAUGCAUGACAUGGUUGUUCAGCUGCAAAAUAAGCUUAAGGGAUUGCAGAUGGUAGAAGCCGAGUGUGUGUCACUCAUGAAGGGCUUGAAUCACGUUAGCACACUGUACGAUAAUGGCGUGGAGACCGAGGGUCGCUCAAGCGUGGCCGCUAUGUUGCGACGGUGGGAACUAACAACGGUGGAACAGAAGGUGGGUGUUGUGGAUGAGCAGACAUCGAAAGUAGUAGCUUCCCGUCACGAAAACAUACCGGUCGGAGGUAAUGAUGAUGACGCCAUGCGAUGCAGCGAAAUCUUACGCACUCUCCUGCGCGGUGUACGUCGGACCGCCGAAGAAUUUCUGGGGCUACAUGGCGCGUGUGCGGAACUAUUAACCGUCCUUGACGGCACACAUGUUGGCCCCACCCAUUUACACACACCGCCGUGCGACAGGGACAUGAUACAAUCGCUCGCAAGACACACAAAGGAGUUGAAGAAAGUGCUCAACCGUCAUGCAGCUGAAACAAGCGAUAAGAGCAGCUGGAAGGGUAGCGUCAGCGAUCGGUUGGUGAUGUUAACCGCGAAGGUGGCGCUACUGCAGAGUGAAAAAGAAACGCUUAGGGAUGAGGUGGCGCGCUGCACCGACCGGCACUCCUCUCUGAUUAAAAAACUCACGAAAGAGGUGGAUCGGCUAAACCAGGUCAACCAGAAGCUCCUCGACGGCACAGAGAAACUCAGUGAGCAAAAGGGGAUCGAGGAGCGUCUUGCAAGACGGCGCGCGGUGCAUAUAGCGCGAUUGUUGGAAAGAGUAGUACCCAGGGUGCGCCUCGGGGGGUGCCUCGUUUUGUGGAUGAAGUACGUCUGUGAGCGCCGAAAACAAGCAGUGUACGAUGCGAGAGAGGCUGAGGAAACGAAUUCGCUGCAAGUAGCAAGAAAACAGCAUCAGCAGAAUUUGAUUCUUAGAAUGCUGGCGGUUGUGCUCAAUUCACUGCCAAGCACCAGUUCCCUUGAAUCCGAGGCACCUGUCACUGAGCUUCUGUUGCUUCACCUCAUUCGGACUGAAAAUCAUGAUUGCCUGGAUGAGCUAGUCCAACGGAGGCUGGGCGCAGUGGCAGUGUGGAGACGGUCUCUUAAGGAACUUCUGCGUGAUGCGGCUGCGUUAAAGGAGGAGGCGUGGUCGCUUAGAGAAGCGAUGACGGGCUCGUGGAAGACGCAACUUGGGGGACUUCUUCAUGAGGUGUCAGAUGGCAUCCACACAGCAGUUGCUUUCGUAAAUGAACAGAGGAGUAUGAACAAUGAGGCCCUUAGGAAUCAGGUAUUGGGCACAGAGACGCUUUCACGCAAAAAUAGGGAGCUCAAAAGGAAUAAUACUAAACUACUCCAGGAGUUGCUGGAGUUGCAACGAGUAAUUGCCACUAGGGAUGAACGAAUUAUUAAGCUAGAGCGUGAGAAUAGGAAUAUCCAAUUAAGUUGCAUACUUACAGACAAUGAUAGCAGCACAACGAUUGGCGAAGGCAAGAAAGACGACUACCAUCGCUCGGUUGUCGCGGCCAACACGCACUGGCACGAUCAGGAAAGGGCCGAGAGAGUGAUGGUUUCAAGCGCAAAGCGGUUGGCGGUCGAGACCAUCAACGCAAUCGCGGGAAAGGAUUCGGUGGGGUCCAUUGCGGAAGUGGCAGAACUCACAGCGGAGUUGUACAACCGCACGGCGGUAUCACUGGAAGCCAUUUGCAACGCCCAUCCGGCGGCGCGCCGUGAUUUCCUUCAAGUGGCUGAGGCCUGCCUGGCGGAUUUACAAAACUUGCAGGAGGUGCGACACGAGAUCGUGGAGCGACUGCCAGAGCUGCUCCGCGUCCCGUACAUUGACUAA